CUGUUUGGCUUGCUUUUCCAGCUCCUCGCUAGUUGUCUCUGUCGCAUUGUGAGCUUCGCUUCUUUUAUCUGUUUCUUCUUGUUAUUUUCUUUUGUUUGGGUAUUUACUAUUUAGUAACCAGGAGGCUGAAGAGGAGAAGGAAAAAUGAUGGGGAAGAAGAGUUUUUUGGCAAUGAGGGCUGAGCAGGAAGCAAGUGAUCUGAUCAGUUCUGAUUUCAAAGAGCUAGUCUUUGCUGCCAAGAAGCUUGCUAAUCAUGCUAUCAAGUUGGGUUCUUUGGGAUUUGGGACUUCAAUUCUUGAAUGGAUCGCUUCCUUUGCUGCAAUUUAUCUAUUGAUCCUGGACCGAACAAAUUGGAAAACAAAUAUUCUUACAGGAUUAUUAAUCCCAUAUAUCUUCUUGAGUCUUCCUUCAUUAUUGUUCAACCUCUUCAGGGGAGAGGUUGGAAAAUGGAUCGCUUUUGUUGCAGUUGUUUUGCGCUUGUUCUUCCCUAGACGUUUCCCAGAUUGGCUGGAACUGCCUGCUGCUUUGAUUCUUCUAAUAGUGGUGGCUCCUAGCUUAUUUUCAAGCACCAUAAGAAACGACUGGAUUGGUGUGGUAAUAUGCCUUGCCAUUGCUUGCUACCUGCUUCAGGAACACAUCAGAGCAUCGGGUGGGUUUCGAAAUUCUUUUACCAAAGCGCAUGGAAUAUCAAACACGGUUGGCAUAAUUCUUCUGUUGGUCUACCCGGCGUGGGCUUUGGUAACUGACAUCCUAUAGGUUCGAGGAUCAGCAGCUUGUCGGUUGCUUUUAGUUUUCUGAAGUUCAUGAAUUGUUUCCCCUUGUACCAUCCAUUAUUUGUCUAGACAUACAAAUUCAUUGUCAGUUUUGUGCCAUAAGACAUGGUUUUUCUGUUUGCUUUGGUGCAUUCGUAGGAAUUCCUUGUUUAAAGGAUUUAUCAUAGUAUUACUUUAUUAUUGUUGUAGAAAGAAUAUUUCUUUGACUGGCUUGAGGAACCUUGAAACACUGUUUGUAUUCCUGUAGAAAAACUGAAUGUUAAGACAGAAAUGUUCAUCCAUUUUCGCUUU